AUGCGGCCGAUCUUUUCGGCUCUGCAGAAGACAGCCACGCGGGCCUGGUCAGCACCUGCUCGAGCUGCUCGAAGUGCUCAGGUCUCAUCGAAGCUCGGUUCUAUCGCCGCCAAAUAUCGCGCGUCACAAUUCCGGCACAUCUCGCAGUCGCGCCAGUUGGCUGAUGGUUUAAAUGUGGUGGACCACCCCGCAAGACUUGUUCGGGUCAAUAAGAAACAUGGGCCUGGUCUGAUCAUUCUGGCUCUGAUUCCUAUCAUUUCUUUUGGCUUGGGGACAUGGCAGGUCCAGCGCCUUGAUUGGAAGACGAAGCUGAUGGCCAAGUUCGAGGAUCGUCUUGUGAAACCUCCUCUGCCCCUCCCGCCGCGAAUCGACCCAGAUGCCAUUGAAGAGUUUGACUACCGCCGCGUGUACGCUACCGGCCGUUUCCGUCAUGACAAGGAAAUGCUGGUCGGACCUCGCAUGCAUGACGGAGAGGAUGGGUUUGUCGUGGUGACUCCCCUCGAACGGGAGGGCCAGAGUACGGUACUUGUGAACAGGGGCUGGAUUUCAAGGAAGUUCAAGGACCAGAAAGACCGGCCUUUGGGUGUGCUCGACCAGGAGGUUACGGUGGAAGGCCUACUACGAGAGCCGUGGAAGAAGAACAUGUUUACGCCAGACAACAAGCCGGAAGAGGGGAAAUUCUACUUCCCGGAUAUCCACCAAAUGGCCGAGCUGAGCGGCAGCCAGCCUGUGUGGAUUGAGGAGACAAUGGUGCCUGAUCUUAUCGAGUCUUACAACCGCGAAGCUAAGGGCAUUCCGAUUGGUCGCGCCGCAGAGGUCAACUUGAGGAACAACCAUUCUCAGUACAUAUUCACUUGGUAUGGCCUAUCUUUGGCCACUUCCAUCAUGCUGUGGAUGGUUGUGCGUAAGAACCCUAACGAGGCAAUGCGCCGAGUUCGCCAGAACCGAAACUGGUAG